UUCAACCUUAAUCAAAGUCUGUAAUUUAUAGCCCUUGUAGUUUGUCUAAUCUGUAUAUAAAGCUUUUUAAAUUUUAGAAGGAAGGGCAUGAGCAUAAUCCUUACAAGUAUAAAGCAAGCUGAUAUGACACAAGCUCCUCCUUAGUGGUCCUUCACAACCCACUCAUACAAAGAUACACCAGAACGAUCAGACAUCAACACAACUCAUUCAACUUCAGGUGAAAUCCAAAACCAACUUAGAAUGGAAACCAGUGAGGUCAUCUCAACAGACAGAGCUACAAUUGCCAUUAAGAUAAAUCCACAAGAGGCGAAAGACAGCGUUAUUUAUGAUGAUAUACAGGAGGCCAGAGGAGCAUGUCACAACACAACUCUUCAAAAGUUUUUCAAAGCCCAACCAAAGGCACUGGGGACUGUACAGAUAAUGACUGGAGUGAUAGUCUUUUUACUUGGUAUUGUACUCACCGGAUUUCCUACUAUUUCUGUCAUUAGUGGCAUCACCUACUGGGGAUCUUUCAUUUACAUCAGUACUGGAUCUCUGUCUGUUGCUGCGCAAAAUAAACUUCAUCCAUGUGUGGUGAAAGCCUCUCUUGGAAUGAACGUGAUCAGUGCCGUAACUGCAGGAAUAGCCAUCCUUUUGAUGGCUGCAGACAUGAUAAUCACCUUGACCCACAUAAAUUACUACUAUAAUAGUAACUAUGGCUACAUAUAUUCUCAGGGGUUUCGUUUAAGGAUCCUUGGAAUAUCGCUGGUGUUCUGCAUCCUUCAGUUAAUCAUCUCCAUCUUUAUCUCAGCAUUUGCCUGCAAAGCCACCAGCAGCACAGACCCAACAAUGGUCCAUGUGGCACUAAACCGGGGAUACUGAGUCACAGUAAGGAUUAUCCUGUAAAUCCUGUGUGGAUCCAAUGGAUGCAGGGAAUUGAUAUCUCAUAGUAUUGCUUCUGAUGACUCAAUUAUUAUUUUUAUCUAUUUCUAGUGUAUUUGCAAGAAGAGAUUAAGAAUAUAUGCAUGCACAUGUUUUAUAAUUAUUGGAAAUUUGACCUCCAAACCAUUAUUAAACACACAUGAACAAGCUAAUCAAUCAAUCAAUCAAGCUAGUCUUCAGGAUUACUAAAUGACAGGCAGGUGAGUUGAUCAGGAUUGGAGCUAAAUUAAACCAGACACUUUGAAGGCCAGAGUCGUGAAACCCUGCGUUGUUAACCACAUGUUGACAUUUAAAGCAAAACAUAAUUGGACUCAUAUAUGAGUCUUUUAAAUAAAGGUGGUCAUUAUAAUUAUCCUCAAACCUGCAAUGUUUGUCUGCCAUUAUUUCUGUGACGUAGCUACUUCACCUUUUAAUACAUUCGCAAAAUUCCCGCCUGUUGGCCCUUGUGCUUGGUGAAAUUGUUCACCUUUCACUGGAACUCCCCUUCAAGUCAAAGUUCUGAAUCAGAAACCUGGAGGAACCACAACAACUCCAACUUCAAAAUCUAAUAUGGCUGUUCAGUGUAUCAACAAAUGUGGAAAAAGUUUAUUUAUUUUUAUUAUUAACAUUUCUGUUUGUCACACUGCAGUCAACUUAGGUGUGACGUCAUUCCCAGCUCCAACAUCCAAUUUCCAAGUUAAAGGGAUUGCAGAAUUAGACCAGGAAGGCUACUGUGAGGGAAAUCAUUGGUUAAAUGAAAUUUUGUAGUACUAUUCUUCAGGAGUACAACCACAAACUUUUGUUGCGUUUUCACCAUUUCUUUUUUUUUUUUUUUUUGGUGACUGCUUUCUGAAUAGUGGUAAAAAAAAUGCUGGCUCUUUUAUUGUACUGUAUGCAUUUUUAUUUCAUUUUUUAUUUAUUUUAAUAUUUUGAAGUGGAUUUGCCAUUGUGUUCUA